AUGCGCCAGUUUCGUGUCAAUCCGCAACAUGUUUUUGAACAGGUCAAGCCUGGGCGUCUCGCACUCGAUCUGUCUGUGCUGUUUGCCAUUUGUUACGUCGUACAAUGGGCUUUACAUACUCUUUACAAAUCUCACCGUCAUCCUCUGAAGAAGUUCCCUGGUCCAAGGUUAGCGGCUCUGAGCAAUGUUCCGUAUAUUUUAUGGUACAUGGGCGGCCGACAGCCCCACAAACUUUUGGCUCUGCAUCGAAAAUACGGUGCUGUCGUUCGAACUGCGCCAAACGAGUUAUCAUUCAACAGUGCUCAGGCUUGGAAAGAUAUAUAUAACUUCCGUCCCGGACACCAGACCUUCAUUAAGAGCAGUUUCUACGAAGGCGGCCCCUUUGCUGAUCAAUGCGGUAGCAUCGUGAGCGAGCGCGACCCCAUCGCUCAUGGGAAGAUGAGAAGAUACUUAUCACAUGCCUUCUCAGAUGCUUCUUUGAGCGAACAAGAACAUUUGAUCUCAAAAACAGUCGACAUGCUAGUCGAUAUGACUGGGAAGCAGGGCGUUCAUGGUUUCGACAUUGGUAAAGCAUUCGAAAUGAUGACUUUUGAUAUCAUCGGGGAUCUUGCUUUUGGAGAGUCAUUCGGUGGGGUGGAAAGUGGCAAUGUCCAUCCCUGGAUCGCUAUUACGCUCGGUGCGCUAACACAAGGUGCACUCGCCGAUGCUUUCAGCCGAAUGCCAACAUUUGCUAGGGUGUUUGUAUUACUGUUUCCAGGCAAAAUGGCCAAGAUCGUUCAAGAUACGAAAAAGAACGAAGGGAUGGCUUUGGACCUCGUAAGGAAACGAAUUGCGAAACGUACGACACGUAAGGACUUUAUGACACGAAUAUUGGAGCGGCACAAUUCAGUCGAAGUAUCCGAUGUUCAGCUUGCUGCGCAUUCUUCAGACUUCAUAGUUGCUGGGAGUGAGACAACAGCAACAGCACUUACAUGCAUCUUCUACUAUGUCCUGAAGAAUGCCAGUGUCCGACAGUCACUUCAGCGAGAGAUUCGGUCGACCUUCGACAAAUACGAAAGUAUCACUGCGCAGUCAACAUCGAAGUUGCGAUAUCUUGAUGCGGUGAUCAGAGAGUCUUUCCGAAUCUUCCCCCCUCUGCCAUUAGGCCUUCCGCGCGUGGUGCCUCGUGGUGGGGACACCGUUGAUGGUCACUUUCUGCCAGAGGGAACAAUUGUGUCAGUCAACCCACUUGCCGCGAGCCUGGAUCCAAGCAAUUUCACAGAUCCACUGGAGUAUAAACCCGAACGAUGGCUAGGGAAGAACGAGAUCGAUGUCGUGGAAGCCAGCCAGCCAUUCUCACUUGGGGCAAGAGCAUGUAUUGGUCGAAAUCUUGCUUGGGUCGAACUGCGGACGACGUUGGUAAAAUUACAUUGGAAAUACGACUUUGAACUUCUCAACGAGGAGGUUGAUUGGCAGAGGGAUGUGCGGAUGAGAACGUUGUGGAAUAAGCCUAAGUUGAUAGUGAGAGCUGUAGCUAGGCCAUGAGGUCGGUGUAUCAAGUAUUAGUUGCUCGGAAAGAGCCAAUAACAAACAUGAGAGACGGUCAUAUGGGCUAAUCAGUCAUGUUGGGAGACAGUCGUCUGUAGAACUAUGUUGAGCUUCAGUGGUGGCAUAUGUCGUUGUUUCCAUACCGCUAGUAUUGUAGAGCCAUCACUACAGUAUGUGCAAAAAUAGACACCGUCUUCCCGGCCCAGAGGUGGGAACCCCAAAAUGGUGCCCGGGCCAAAUCUGUGCCAUUCCGGAGAAAACAUGUGCGGCACUCUCCUUGGAAUGGUCUCGGAAGGUCACUUAACGGUUUAGGUCCAUCCACGAUUGGAUCAUAAAUUAGCGUAGCGCAACCCAGAUGAGUGUGUAACCUCUUGCCACGGGUGAGGUUAGACUUCUUCAUAAAGUCUUCGUUUCAAACCACUCAACAUGACUUCGAUCAACAUUAGGGAAUCCUUGAUACCAGAAUUAGGUAAUAGAGUUGCCCUCAUUACAG